AUGGGGAUUAUCUACAGGGUGGCCCGUAAGUCCCUACCCAUGCAUAUAUGUUAUGUAUCCAAUGUAUCUGUGUGCUGGAUGGGUCGGGACUUAUGGGCCACCCUGUAUGAAAGCGUUCUGAUCUAAAAACUGGUUCAAAGUCCUAAAAGUGAGGCAAUCACCACGGAAACGAGUGAAUUCAGCAGGAACGUUCCAUUGGCGAUGCCUCACCGUUUUCAAUUUUAUUUGCUCUACUUCUUAGAACCGAACACUUUCAUAAAUCUUCCCCUGUGUUUCAGUUUCAAUUCUUCCGAUCCAACGUGUGCCCUGACCGUGCCAGGACUGAACUGGAUUGUGAUGCCAAUUGCUAAAUCUUUAAUAUAAACUUUUUUAAAAACGAAGCAACGCACCAAUAAAUAAAUAAAUAAACAAGGUUUUAAAACAACAAGUUAUAGGCGAUUUUCAAGGUUUUAUUGAAUAGCGUAAUUUACAGAUAAAUUAUAUUUUAAGAUAUUUACCCGCUUACCCUGCCCCAGGCAUGUGAUGUAAAACUACAUUAUAAUAAAUACCACUUGAUAUAUCUAAAAUAAUUCACUGUCAGCUUUGCAAAAAUAAAUAAAUAAAUAAAUAAAAUGUAUUAAUGGGGAAAAAAAGUGUAAUUUUUUUUUUUAUUACAUCAAAAUAUAACAAGCAGAUGGUGAAAGGGGUGCUAGGUUAAAAUAACAGAUCUCUGUAUAUUGUUGGGGAAUCAGCUGCUAGGCAGUUUAACAGGUAGACAUUUAGAUAAAAAAAUAAUAAAGACCCUGACAGCCUUGUAACUGCUGCAAUUGCACAGCUGGCAAAAAAGAACCACAACUCCCGGCGUCCCCCGCGCGCUAAAACACCAAGAUAACGUAUGGUGACGCGCGGCGCGGAGCAUGCCGGGAUUAGUAGUUUGUAGGACGAGGGGGGACGCGUUUGCUUGCUUGUGCCGGCAGGUGGAGCAGCUAGGCUGCAGAGACCCGGAAAUAGAGGAGGAGGAGGAAGCCGGGAGGGGGGAGAGGAACCGGCAGCGCCUGGACCCGUCCUGGGAGUCUUAAUAAAGGUAUUUAUUGAGGGAUAUUAUUCACCCAAUGUACCAGACACAGGGAGCUGGGAUGGCCUCACUGGCAGGGAACAGGUUAACCUCCUCCUCCCCCUCUGCAUGUCAGACCCCCCUCCUCCCAAUAUCACAUGUGCCCCUGUGUACCCCCUGAUAUGCAGCUCUCCCCUGUGUCCCCCCAAUGUCCCCAUGCACCCUCCUGCAGUCACCAUAUUAACCUUCUGCACUCCAUCUAAGUGACCCCUAAUAUCAGCACACCCCCCUCUCUGCCCAUCAGUGAGACCCCUUUUUAAUUUUAUUGACCCCCCCCCCCUUAUUUCCAUUUAACCCCUCUUUAGAACCCCCUUGUUAUUUUCUGUUGCUGCUCUGGGUAACCCCAGUUAUAUAUAUCCAGCCCCCCUGUGAUGUCCUUUUUGACAUUUUCUUAUUGAUCAAUCCUUUUAUGUUUCUUUGGUAAAUUGGCCAGACACUCUUUAUUUUCCUCAUUGCCUAUGGCGAACCCCUUCAUGUUGCCAGAGUCCCAUAUAUUCUUCCCGAGAAGUGCUUUUAAUUUGCCAAGACCCCCUUAAUGUGCAAUAGCCCACCAAUGAGACCCCAUCAUUUUGCAAAAGUUCACAAGUGAUAGCCAUUAUUUUCCUCCAGCCUCUCUCUUUCAAUAGCAAAAGGUCCCAUAUUUUGCUUCAGUCUAGCAUGAUGUCUACACUCACUCUUCUCCCCCCUAUAUGUGUCAUGUUUAGCCUCAUUUAUUAAGCUAUUAAGUAAAGUGUAGAAGCAAGAAUUCAAAGGGAUUUUAGAUCUAAACAAUACAAUUGGAAAAAUAAUUUUCUGUUUAUCUUCAUCAACUUUUUUGAAUUGAAAUAAUCGGAAAAAGUUCAGAUUCAUGUAUUUUCUGUUCCUCACAUGGUAGGAUAUUCUAUGUGAUUUCUGUGAGAAGAGCUGCAUGUAGAGUUAUUUACUAAUGUGAAUUUCACAUUUACUAUCAGUUAAGUGGUCUAGGUGCAGUGUCCUUGUCCCCUUAAAAGGAAACUAUAGUGCCAGGAAAACAAACUUGUUUUCCUGGCACUAUAGCUUCUUCUGUCAAGGAACCCCUCCCCCAGGGUGCAGAAGGAGGUCCUGUUCCAACGUUCUUUGGCUCUGGCUCGGGUCCGCCUUCUAUAAAAACUGCAAUAACUACCUGCUCAGGGCUAAAGGGUAGGCACCCAGACCACUUCAGCUCAUUGAAGUGGUCUGGGUGCCAUGUCUCUUUUGCACUUAGUGCUGCAAUGUUAAACAUUGCAGUUCCAGAGAACUGCAAUGUUUACAUUGCAGCUCUAAGUCUGCCCUCAGUGGCUGUCUAUCAGACAGCCACUGGGGGUGCUUCCGGAAUAGUAACGGACUUUCGGACCAUUAUCUGACUCUGGACGCUGUGCAUGAGGACCUCCAGCGUCAGAUUUUUCCCCAUAGGAUUUUUCCCCAUAGGAAAAUCAGACCCCGCUCAUUGCGGGACGAAAGAAGAGGUGGCAGAGCUUUGACCCAUCACCGAGGGACAUCGGCACUGGGAUAAGGUAAGUAAAUAAAGUGUUUUAAACCCUUUAUUUACGAGGUAGGAGACGAGGCAGAGGGAUCGGUAGUGCCAGGAAUACAGCUUUGGAUUCCUGGUACUACAUUAUCCCUUUAAGGGACCUGGGACACUGCACCCAGACCACUUCAAUGAGCUGAAGUGGUCUUGGUGCAUAUAGUGUCCCUUUAACCAUACAAUGUAAAACAUUGCAGUUUUUGAGAAACCACAAUAUUUCCAUUGCAGGGUUUACUCAUUCUCUAGUGGUUGUCAUACAAACAGCCACUAGAGGCGCUUACGCGACACAGACCAAGUAAAACCCGUUCUGGUUAUGCAGAAGUCCCUUAGUAAAGCAUUGACUCAUUGAUUUUCUAUGGAGACUUUUGAAGGCUCACAUGGUACUGCCGCACAUGCACAUUAGGUCUCCAGUCCGCCACUAUAAGGAGUAUUGGAUCAGACCUUCAGGGAGGAGGCAGGGCCUCAUCCAUGACAUGGGUCGGUGAGGGGAGGUUAAUAGCGCCGAGGUAGCCUUGGCACUAGAAUAAGUUAAGUAAAACGUCAUUUUUACAGGUGUGUUUUUUUUGUUUUUGUUUUUUUUUGCCUGUGGGAGGAGGGGAUGCUAUAGGGUUGGGAAUAAAGAUUUGUAUUCCUAACACUAAAGUGUUCCUUUAAGACCAGAUUAGUUUAACUGAACGCAUAGCUUUUUCCCCCCCCAAUUGGUCUAUUUUGACCUUAAAUUUGAAAUUCACUAUGAAUUCUCUCUAGUAAAUAACUCUGUAUAUCUCUCCCUGUCUGUCCACUACAUGUAAAGUAUUGGCAGUAUGAAUGUAUGUGUGUCUCUCAUCCAGCCCCUGUGCAUCUCAGAGUUUUACUAAAGCAGUGUUUUAUGCUACUUAAGCUAAUAAUGGUUUAAAACCCAUAAAAUUAAAUCGAAGCAUUUACUGUCAUUAACCGCAUUGUUAUCAAGUUCAUUCUGGAUUGGGGAAAAACAAAGCUUAAAAUGUAUGCGUAUGCAUGAAAACAUAGGUGAUGCAUGCAAAAUACAUCAUUCAACAUAUACAGUAGGUGGAAAAUAAAAUGUUUAUAAAAAUAGCAAAUUACACUGUUCAGGGAUAAUUGUGACGAUUCUGCUGGUCCUUUUGGGACUGUAAAUCCCUGAAACACCUGCAGAAUGUAAGUUUUAUUAUUGUAAAUGGGCUUAGUAUAGCCACACUAGAUAAGGCAUAAAAUGUUAAUGCAUGCUUGAAGACCUCCAACAACAAGAUUAUCCCCUGCACAUAUACAGUGUAAGAAGUGAAGGGGUUAAGAAUAGGGUGCAAGAAGUUCUCUUUUCCCUUCUCUCUUAUUUAUAUUCAUCAGUGCCAAGAUAUGGGGGAAAACCCAAAACGGACCCAAAACAUGCAACAAAUAAAAACUGCACAACUCACAUACUCCGGAUGUAAUACAGGUUUAGCUUACCCAGCCUCUUACAAGAUGCAUAACUCCUAUGUAACUUGUACAGACUCUGACAUAGCUUUCUAAUUAUCCAGCCUAUUAGACUGUGGAAUGGGGGCACAGUUUGGCAAAAUAUUUAGUUUAAAGUAGCCUAUUCAAAACAAGUCAGCAGCUCAGCCAUAGUUGCAGCUAAAUAUUGCCCUUGGAUUUUAAGAUCCUUUUGAUUUAGGAGUUCAGGGUAUAACCCUGAAAAUAUACAUGCAGUAUAAACCAAUUGAUUGCCAGAAUGUGCCCAAAACAUUUUACAACUAUGUUAAAUUUAUAGAGCUUUUGAAUCAAUCUGAUUUGUGCGUGCUCUAUAUACAUCUUCAUUUAACUAUUUUUUGUCUUUGUUUGUGGCAAGUCUUUUAACCGUUUCUGUUUCAGAAAAGUGGGUGGGACGAGGUGCUUCUAAAAAUCAAUAAUUCUUUCCUUAAGGUCUCUUUAAUCACGCUGUGUACAAACCUUGGCCUUUCUAUUCAUAUAGCCUGUAAUAAUAUCAUCUUAUUAGGCAAGCACACCUUGGUUGUUGUGUAUAAUUGAAGAUUAUGCUAGCGUUAGUGUACUUAUAAUCUUAAUUUUAGUAAUGACAGGAGGCGAGUAUUUUGCAUUAAACUCUCUUUACUAACUCCACAUAGCAGUAAAGAAAAGUGAAAACAUUAACCAAUCAAAAUGCAAUAGGAAGUAUGGUAUUCACAUGAGGCUCCUCCCCCUCUUUCGAAAGCGACAUCAUGGAUAAAGUUCCAAAAGGUCCAAAGUCUUGUAACAUGCACCAAUGGGUGACUUUCCAAUAAACAAAACUUUAAUGGCUGAAGGAAGGUCUGAAGGUGUCCAUCCUGAGCAUGAACUGUAACGCCACGAAUUUACGCUGAAAUAGAACGUGAAGUAGGUUAGGUACCGGUCUGGAAACUGUUUGAAGUAAUGUUAACGACCCAACACAAUCUCACAGAGAUGUCACACUAUCGAUUAUCAACAACUGACUAUAAACGACAAGUAAUGUUAGAAAUAAACAAAAUCCGAACAUAUCCCCAUAUCUAGGAGGAGCAAGGAAGAUAGAGGUAAGGAAGGAAUACAUUAAAGAUAAGUAUACUUAUGUGAGUCCCUUCUCCCCAAGGGAGGGAAGGGUGGGAAAAUACUCGCCUCCUGUCAUUACUAAAAUUAAGAUUAUAAGGACACUAACGCUAGCAUAAUCUUCAAUUUUACCACAUGACAGGAGGCUUCCUAUUUUGCAUUUUUUUAACGCUGAUGCAGGAGAGACGUGGCCACCCCCGAGCUCGGGCGGAAGUAGAAAGUUCGAAAGGUCGAUUCUCGCGACCAGUCUGCGGAACAUAGGAUAUCUGCCAGUGACGCACCCGCUGAGAAAGCCGAAGAAGCCGCCGGCCCGCGAACAGAGUGGGCUCAGAAGACCUCGUCCACUCCCGCCAGUGAUAGAAUCCGUCUUAUCCAUCUGGCAAGGUUGCUAGCCGAGACGGCUACAUGACAUCUAACGUAAGACACCAAGAGUUGGCUGGAAGAGGAGACCCGGAGCGGGGAUGUGACCUCCACGUACCGACGUAGAGUAGACACCACGGUAGGGAAAAAGGGGUAGGAGACCGAUGUGGAGUCUGAUUUCGUACGACGCAAUACUCUAAAGGUAACACCCUCUGGGGAGACCGAAAAGGCGUCGAUGUCGAAAGCCCGCACGUCCGAUACCCGGCGGAACGAGACUAGGCUAAGCAGAAACGUCAGUUUGGCUGAGAGCUAUCGGAGGGAAAGUCUGCCGUUAUCUGGCCAGUCUCUCAAAAACUGUAGGACAACUUCGACGUCCCAUAAGCGGGAGAAUUUGGGUCUCGAAGGCCUCUGUAAUUGGAUGCCCCUCAGGAGUCGGCAUAUCAGAGGUUCUUUCCCGACUGGUAUCCCCAGGACCGGUACGUGGGCCAUGAAAUCACGGAGCGCACGACGUUGAGUGACCAGUAGGACCGACCCGCGUCAAAAAAUUCAGGAUGGCCGUUAUAGGUGCAGUAAAGGGAUCGAGGUUCCGUUCACUGCACCAAGAGGACCAGGAAUUCCAAGCUGAUAGGUAACAUCGUCUGAUUCCUGGUGCCCACGAAUCCCAUAUGAGAUCUCUAGCCGCUUACGAUAAUUGGCUGGUCUGCCAGGCACCCCUGAAUGAGUCCAGGCCACCAAGGUGAGACGGUCUUCCAGGAUGAGGGUUCCCUUUCGGAUCCGUGAGGAGCGUUGGGUAGGAUGGUAUGAGGAGGGGAUCCAUGUAGGAUGACGCUAGUAGAUCCGGGAACCAGGGUUAGCCCCGCCAUAGGGGAGCGAUGAGGAGCAGAGACCCGCGUUGAGUCCUCAAAUACUGAAUCGUCCUCGCUAUCAUGGCGAACGGGGGAAAAGCAUACGCUCCCGUAUAUGGCCAUGGUUGGAGAAACGCAUCUACCGCCAUGCUCUCCGGGUCCGGGAGCAAGCUGAAGUAUUCGGUUGUCUGUUUGUUGUUGCGUGACGCGAACAGGUCCAGGUGGAGAGGCGAUGGAAGGUCUGUGGGUCCAGUCUCCAGUCGCUGCUGUCCCGCCAGUGGCGCGAGAACCUUUCGACUGUCCCGGGAGAUAUUCCGCCAUGACGGAGAUUUUGCGGGGCAGGCAAAAGUCGAAGAUCUCCUUCAUAAUCUCUGAGAGGAGUCGGGACCAUGCUCCUCCCAAGCGGUUGAUGUAGCGGACCGCUGAGAUGUUGUCCACCCGGAGGAGAAUGCAGCAGUUUGUCCUGUCCCUCGCUAGGCUGCGGAUUGCGAACGAUCCCGCCAGGAGUUCUAGACAGUUUAUGUGAAGGUCGAUUUCUUGAGAAGUUCAGGCGCCUCCUGUCGGUCUGCCUUCGCCCGUGGCGCCCCAGAGGCUGGCGUCCGGUUCCAGGACUAUGUCGGGCAUGUUCCCGAAGAUGGCCCGGCCGUUCCAAGCCUCCAUGUGGUCCAACCACCAUCCGAGUUCUUCCUUGACCUCUUCCGUUACCGGAAUGGUUUGGUUGUAGGAAGGGUUCUGGCGAAGAAAGGAGGUCUUCAGGCGUUGCAUCGCUCUGUAGUGGAGCGGUCCCGGGAAGAUUGCCUGGAUAUAAGCGGACAGCAGGCCCACUAUCCGCGCCAGGUUGCGGAGUGGAAUGGUACGGCAGUGAAUGACUCUGCGGAGGUUCCUUUCUGAUGGCUGCGAUCUUUGAUCUCGGUAGCCGUAGUGUGCUGGACUUGGAAUCUAUCUCGAAGCCCAAGAAUUGUACCGUCUGGGCCGGAGAAAUCGCCGACUUCUGGUAUUUCACCACAAAGCCUAGGGAUGUCAGGAAUUGUGUGGUAUAGCGUGUGUGUUGAGUCAGUCUGGACCUGUCGGAGCAAAACAGAAGCAGGUUGUCCAGGUAGAUAAUGCACCAAAUUCCUUGUGCUCGUAGAUGUGCAACUACUGGCUUCAGCAGCUUGGUGACGCACCAUGGGGCCGAAAGGGAGGCAUGUGAACUGCCAGGGUCGGCCUUGCCACCAGAAGCUGAGGAAUUGGCGGCAGGAGAGGUGGACGGUUACUGACAAAUAAGCGUCCUUGAGGUCCAGUCUUGUGAACAAGUCCCUGUCUUGGAGGAGGUCUCUCAGAAGGUGAAUGCCUUCCAUCUUGAAAUGCCUGUACAUUACAUAAGCAUUGAGCCGCCUCAGAUUUAUGACGGGUCGGAAAUCCCCGGAUUUCUUUUUCACCAGAAAUAUAUUGCUGAAGAAACCCCGUUGGUCGUGAGCUCUAGUAGCUCGCCGUCGAUGAGUUGGUGGUCCUCUGUGGAGCACUGUAUGGGGUGUGGAGGAACAGUUUGGUUUGGAGGGUCCACGAAAUCGAUGAUGUAGCCCCGAACCGUCUGGAGGAUCCAUGCGUCCGCAGACAUGGUUGUCCAGUUCUGAAAAAAGACCGAUACGACCUGCAGUAUAUGGGGUAAGUGGUACUUGAGACACAAGUUUGCUUACCUGUGGGGAAGCGUGCUCUGCCACGGCUACGUGGUCCUCUGCCUCGGUUAGCCCCUCUGGUGUAGGAGAAGGGUUGCCUGAAGCCCACUUCCGGGUAGAAGGGUUGAAGUCUAUGUGAGCGGGGGCUAGAAGGUCAAAACCGGCUGGCUGCUAGGCCACUUUGUCGGCCAGCCCGUCCAAAAAUACCCCGACUGGGGUAGCCCCUGAAGACACUUUUCAUAGACGUCUGAGCCUUAUUAAGGGACGUGAGUAUAUUAACAUGUUUGUUCAGUUCUUUUAGGAAGGCUUCCCUGAACAGUUUGCCCUGUGCCAGCGAUCCCAAUUCCUUGGUGCCCAAUUCCACUAGCUUCCCGGUGUUACCAACGAAACAGAAGCACCUUUGUGUCCAUUCUCUUAUGUCAUGUGCCCACUCUUUUACCAUGCUGGCAUCGAACUCGUCAGCUCUUGUAAAUGCGUUGUCCGCCAAAUACAUGAUGUGAGAAAGUGGGCCGAUGGAGUCCAGUAGUUUGUCCUGAACUCCGUGGAAUCCUUUCUCCACUCCUCUCCGGGGGUCACAGCCACCCCGAGACAUGAAGGUGGUCAUGACCUGGUCGAACUCCGGAGUCUGAGCCACGUGGUCGGGAAGCGAAGGGCGAGGUUGCGCACCGUUUUGUCCAGCGUUUGCAGAGCCACAGAUGCAUAAAUUUUUAGAGAGGUGUUCGAGGGGAGUCCAGUCCCCAGAGCUUGAGUGCUGGAUAUUACGAGGGUCGAAGAGACGUCCCGUGGGGUCCAGGAUGGCCUCCUCUUCUUCUUGGACGGGUGCGAGGUCAUCUGGCAGUUGGAUGUCGUCCAAGAAAGUGCCUCGUAAGAAGCCAGUACGGGAUCCAGUGUCCGAACCCCAGUCAUUGUCCUGUGAAUCGAAAUCAGCGGCCUGCCACUCGUUCAACACGGCCAUGGAACGUGUGUGUUCUUCCCCCUCAUCCGAGGAGUAGUGGGCGGGGGUAGGUGGGGCUGGUCUGUGGCGUUUGGUUGGCGCCUUGCCUUUGCCCGGGUUAUCGUUACCCUUUUCGCCCUUCCAGUCGCGUUUGCUAGGUCGUGAAUCAGCCUGUGCAUGUGAUUCUGAAGCCUCAGAAUCGUAGUCAUGGUGUUGGGCUUUUGUGGCUUUCUUGGUUUGAUCGGCUGAUGCCAUCAUUACCCUGGAAAGCGCUUUCUCCAUAGAGGCGGAGAUGGCUUCGGCAAUCAUUGCCUGGAAGUCCGAAGGGCUCUGGGAUGCUUCCAUAAUGUUUAGGAGUAGGACCAGUAUAAAUUAAAACACUUGGCACAGGGUAUAUAAUAGUGUUAAGCACCCUAGCAGGGUGAAUAUGUUAAAUCCAAUGAAUGUGGUAACGGUAAUACCAGUCUCCCCAGCAGGGUAUAUUGGGCUUUGUACUGGGCCUCACCCAGAUAUAUAUAUAUAUAUAUAUAUAUAUAUAUAUAUAUAUAUAUAUAUAUAUAUAUAUAUAUAUAUAAUGGAGCAGUAAAGAAAGAGGGGGAGGAGCCUCCUCACUGUGAAUACCAUACUUCCUAUUGCAUUUUGAUUGGUUAAUGUUUUCACUUUUCUUUACUGCUAUGUGGAGUUGGUAAAGAGAGUUUAAUGUAAAAUAGGAAGCCUCCUCUCAUGUGGUAAAAUACAUUUUUAUAUCUUCUAAUGUGUCUGAUUAACAGUGCCACGGGUGGCACUAAUCUGUGGCAAUGCAGCCUUUGUGUCCCCGUGCAGAACAGGUAUAUUGCUAUGCUACGCAUUGUUACACAUGUAUUACCUAAUGUUACGCUUAAAUGUUACUUGGUAUUCUUUCACUGAACUGGUGAAUUUUGGAGAAUAGACAAAGGAGUUGAAGUUGUAAAGGUUAGGUAAAAACCUGGCUUUGUGUAUUUAACCCAUCUAUUCUCGUCUUUAAAAUAAGCCUGUCCCUUUUCCAAACCCUGAUUGGUCAGUACACACAAAAAGAAAGAACUUCCUGAUGAUGUUUUAAAUCCUACACUGUUUUUUCCCAUCUGUUUGUCUUUAUUUCCUCCUACCUGUUUUCCUUGCUGUUUCCAGUAACUCACUGCUUUCUUUCUUCUCGUUUCGCACGGUUUUUCACCUUUACUGGUGAUAAUUGACAUGUAAUUCUUAACAUACAUGCCCAUUCUAUGUAAGCAGCCUCCGUGCUGCAGUGUAUAGCCAAGCAGCCUUGGUUCAUGACAGUGGGAAAAACAAAAACAUGUUUGUCCUUAUAGAGUUAUUAAACAAACUGAAAGCAGCAGCAACUAUGCACCAAAACUGCUACAUUAAAGGUUUACUCCAGGCACCAUGACCACUUCAGCCAUUUGAUGUGGUAUGAUGCUUGAAGUCGCUAUGCUGCACAUAUAGAGAUGAACUUUUUAGCUGUCGGAGAUGUAAAUCCAUCUCCGGCAGCAUCAUUAGCUAGACCUGAACAAAGUUCUGGCCUGGUUAAUUAAAUUCUGUACAAAAUAUAUAUCUAUUGCCAGGAUGCAUAACUUGCCAGUGCCAGACAGCCACUAUGGUGGCACAGCUCCCACCCUCAAUUUGUCCUAAUCCGGGAGAGUGUGACGUCAGCCAAGGAAGAUCAGUCGGGUUUAGGGGAGAACGUUUAUUUGGCAGUGAUCCGUUUUAGUGUUUUAAUUUGUUUUGUAAAGUUUUGUUUAGGUGAAGAUGGGGGAGUCGGGGGAAAGCAGACCACUUAAUAAAGGGUUAUUCUAACCAAAACCAGUGUUUUAUGAAAAACUGGUUUUGGUUUAAGGUGUAGUGGUUUUGGUGCUUAGAAUAAUAACUUAAGUGGGCCAACCAGAACUUUCCAUUUACUCAGGUGCCAAAGAAAUCUUAUAUGGGCCUGGUGCCUUUUUGUUGGUGCUGGUUUUGGAGACUUUGACUGGUUAUCAGUAAAGCGGGACAUCAGAGGAUCCAGUAUUGUAGGGGAACCUGCUGUUUCACCUACCGGAGGUUUAUCAGAUACUGAACAUUGUUAUUUAUUGUAGCACAUUUGUUAUCAGGGAUUAGAAAAGUAUACAAGUUCCGUGAUGGCAUUGCAGGAACAUACUUUGCAUCAUUAUACUGUACAGUAAAAUGCACACUUUAUUUUUCUGCUUCCGAAUAAAGAAUUGGCUCAUUGAAACAUGCUUGAAGCCUCUAACCCCAAAUUAGGUCCCCAGAGAUUGAAACGCACAUCAGAUUCAUUACAGUCCACAAUAAAAUGCUGCGUAAUGAAAGUGCUUUGCAGAAGAUAUUUAUUAUUAAAUCACAAUUGUGGGAUGGGUUACUGCUGAGCUAGUUUUGCAAUUGCAAAAAUGUGUCACUGGGUUAAUGUCCUAUGCAUAAUUUGUGGUCCCCCUGUACAAAACUUUAAGGGACACUCUCUGAGCAACAUACCCACUACAUCUUUUAGUAGUGGUUAUAGUGUAAGAGAUUCAUUUCCAAGUCAUCCACAGUGCUCUCAAACCUAUCUUUGCUGCCAUUGUUUGACGAAAAUUUCUAAUAAUCAAACGUCCUCAUUAUCUAAGAAUCUGCAGAGACAGGACUUUCGGUGCUCAACCUCAUUUUUUUUAUUUUAUUUUUUUUAAAUCUACUCUAGAACCGUUUAACAAAAAGCAAGAACACCGCAUCAUAACCACUACAAAAAAGUGCAGUUAUUAUGGUGCUCAGAGUGUCCCUUUAAGACCCACUGCAGUAGGAUAUCGUAGUGUGCAUCUGUGUGAGCUUUGGAGGACCUUGAGUGUAGUGUUAGCAUCCUGUACUGCCUUUACAGUGUGCUCCAUAUGUAGGGUUAGUGGUACAUUGGCAGGAUAUCCUGCACACUUACUACAUGGAGAGUGCAAAGAACGUACAAUAACUGGACAAUUCGUUAUCACAGGAUAACCACAUGGGGGUGGGAGGGAUGAUAUGUAUGAAACCGUUGCUGUCACUUUUUUUUUUUUUUAUAAUUCUUUAUUUUAAUUGUGCAUGAAUAUGACAAUCAGGUUUGCCAUGCCACAAUAGCUUGGACAAACAGAUUAAGACAUUAAUAUACAGAUGAAUGGCACGUGAGAUUACUGCACAUUUUUGUUAAAGCUAUUACAUUGCAGAACAAGGAAAAACAGUCUAGGCCUACAGUCGUUAGAAUAUGUGGUGUAAUUGUAAUGUGUUCAGCUAUACCCUGUUGUUAGUCCACACUGACUGUAAUAAGUGUAUUGUGGUUUUGAGGUGAGUGAUCCAAUAUGUAAGUGAGCAGGUUAUCCGGCUUGUCUCUAAGGUUGGGUUAAGAUUGGGCACCAUGCGUUUCGCGGUGUGUUCCUAACCCUGUCAUGUGGAUUUAAUGAUAUAUAUUCAGUAUACCACUGAGGCACAAUAUAUAAGUAUAUGGCCGGUCAGUGUGGCGGGGGGGCAGGGAGUUAGCUAGCUAAGUAUCCCAGGGUGCGGGCUACUGCAGGCAUCAGGUUCUACUGGGCCAGUGCUCCAGCAGGUAGGUUGUCACAGCUUUUGAGUGUGUCACCUAGAGAGUAGCCCUCUUUGUAUGCUGGGAUAGCAGCGUUGUGUUAUAGGUGUUUGGGUGUAGUGGCGAUCUGGCUUCGUGGCUCCGUCGUGAUGGGCUAGAUCCUUCGUAUACCGGGGUGGGCCGUGAUUGAGGAACCCGCUGGAGUGUUUGGUGCGCCCGAGAAUAUGGGGGGAUGUUUGGUGAGGCUGCCUGCUGGUUCGUGUGCUGUGACUAGAGGUAGCGCUGUGGAGGGGGGUGUGCUACUCAGAUUCGGAGGCUGGUUCAUCGCUCCCGGUUGGGUAGGGUAGCUAGGGAUUUGCUCUAGGGCCCCUGGAUUGGUGGGAGGGGGGUGGUCGGGUUGUGUAUCUUGUAAGGAGUGGUGUGGAGACAUCAGUGGGGUAUGGUAGCCGGGUGGCUUUCACUAAACAUGCCUAAAUAAAAUUUUAACUGUGUGGCUAUGCCAGCAUUAAAAGUUGUGAUCGCCUGCCAGUCCUUCGGCACUUCCCUCUACUUGAGAGGUAUGUUGAGCCCGGGUCCCGUUGGGGCUUCUCAUCUUGUGUCGGCUUCGUUUCGAGGUACGAAGGGGACUAUGUUGGGUAUGUCCCAGGAAUGUCCAGGUUUGGCCUUGUUGGGCUUGUGCUGGUUGAGCCCCAGGCUGUGGAGGAAUGGGUCGGAGUCAGCAGCUGAGGUGAGUCGGCGGGUGGUCUCGCCCUGUAUGGCCACGAGUGUGUGGGAAGGGCCCCAUCUGUACUGGACGCCUGCUUCUCGGAGGGUCUUGGUGACCUGGCUGAGAGAACGUCUCCACUCCAAUGUUGCCCUGCAGAGAUCCUGGAGAAAGGUUAGUUGUGAGCCCUCAAAUUUGAGUGGGCUCUUGUUCUUGAUGGCGUCCAUCAUUGCUUGUUUGUCGCGUAGGGACUGGAACCUCAGGAGGACAUCACGGGGAGCGUCCGCCGGAGCCCUUGGUGACUUGGGGAGUCUGAGUAUUCCAUCUAGUUGCAGGUUCUUUGCCUGUUUGGGGUGCAGGAUUUCCGACAGGAGGCGCCUAAUAAAGUGGGGUAGCUCUGUGUCGUUGACAUUUUCCGUGAUGCCUCUUACUUUUAUGUUGAUUCGUCUCCUGGAGUCGUCCAUCGCAUCGACUCUGGCCUGCAGGGCCUGGUGUGAGCCGUGGAGUUGUUGUAGUCGUUCUGUUGCGUCUGACUGGCGUUGUGCCAUGGAGGUGAUGUCCUCCUCUGUGGCCUUCACCCUGUCCGUUACGGCCGUUACCUCCUCGCGGAGUAGCGCCAUAUCCGUGCGGAACCAUGUGCGCAGGUGUUUCAGGAGGCCCAGGAUGUCUCCCUUAGUUGCGGGAGCCCCCAGGUCCCCUAGUUGCACGGCGGAGAAAGGGUCAUCUGCCUCAGGUAUGGCAUCUGGGGAGUCCAGUGGGUCUUCGUCCGAGGAUAGGCCUGGAGAGUCUGGCGCUGCCGCCAUUUUGUUUUUAGGCCGCGCCAGGAAUAUGUCUCCUAUUCGACGUGUACCGUCAUCCGAGGAUGCUUUCAGCUUUUUUGAUCGUUUCCCCAUAUUGGUGUUGCAGGGGGACGUUUAAUUUUCGACAGUGCACCGUCUGCUUUAUAGUCGUUUGCUCGAUUUUUGCCGCUUUCAGCUCGGAGCUCAGCCGACAUGCGACUUCUCUCCAUUGCUGUCACUUUUAAUAUAUCUGUGUACCAAAUAGUCACCUUUCGCACCAGUACCACACUUUUUAAACUUUAAAAAAAAAAAUUUCCAUGGCGAUUCGACAUGAUUUUUAGUAGAACCAAAAGUAACGCAUUUCGAAUGGGUGCUGUAUAUUUGGGGUAAAGUAUACCUUGGCCGUCACAGUGGCAGGUUUCACAUUAAAAGAAAAUGGCACUUGCCCAAAAAGAAACCAUUCUAACAGUAAAAUCUUUCCCCCUUUGUGUCAUUUCCCUUUUAAAGGACCACAAAAGUCACCUUACAGAUAGUUUUUUUUUUUUUUUAAUUAUUUUUUUUUUUUUUUUUAAAUAUGAAACUUUUCUGGAAUUUACACAGUUUCAUUUUAUUUUUUACACCUCAUAAGUACAUAUUUGUUAUUUAUUGGGAUAAGUAAACAUAAUAUUACAAAUUCUGGGACAUAAAUAUUUCCCUUUUAAAGAGCCACAAAAGUCACCCAGGCCACUUCACCUCAAUGAAGUGGUCUGAGUGUAGUGGUCCUUCAAAUUUAAUUCUUCAAUGUAAAACAUUGCCAUAUAGUAGAUUUGGCAAUGCUUACAUUGCCGGGUUAAAUUUGCCUCUGGUGGCUGCCUACGUGAGGAGCUUCCGCUCUGAGAACUGUGUCAAACUCAGUGCUUACCUCCAUUUAAUUUGAGGACCGUAGUGCUGGCCGCGCAUGCUCUAUUCAUCCCCAAUGCUCUUCUAUGCAGAGCAUUGGAAUGGACGUAAGAUAGGUGUUGGCGUGACGUCGUGGGAGGCAAAUUGAGCAACUGCAGGGUUUGGCAACAAAGGUAAGUAAAAAUCUUUAUCGUAGUUUGUCUAAUGCUUUUAUCCAUUUGUGUUUCAGUGUGUAUGUGUGCUUAGUACAGGAAUGGUUUAUAUAGAAAUAUGUGGACGAAUAUCAGGUGAGGUGUCAGUGCUAAAACAAUAGAAGGCGAUGCAGAUGUUGUUUAUCCUGCAGUGAUGUUUACUGGAUGUCCACUAAUGAAAAUAGAUGCAGAAGGAGUUUAACAGGUUUGCAAUUAAAUUACCAGAAGUUGACAAAUCCCACACUGUCACCAUGCCUACCCUGACCACGCUCCAAACUCAUCCCGUUAAACAUUGUGGUGUGGGAGGUCGUCAACACAUCACGCAAACCCGCUACUUAACCUGAUAAAUACAAUUUGUUUUCCUGAAUAGUAUUUAAAGUAAACUGGUCACCUGAAAUUAUGUUUGCAUAAAUCCGUUUAAAACUAUGCUACAAGAGUUAAUUAUUUUCAUUAUUCAAACUGUAUAGUAUGUUUUGUCUGUCAUCACUACCUGAAGAUAUAACAAGUAUUCUGUGUGUGGGUGGCUGUCGUGGAAUUGAAUCGCAAUGUUUAGAACGGGGAUUUAAGCCGCCAGUCGGAACCUGUGAUUUAAACAGAUGAGCUGAUUAUCUCCCAGCCUUCUAAUGUUUAGAAAGAGAAAAUGGUGAAGGUCGUCCCUGGUGGUUUUGAGAUGCACUUAUCCAGUUACAUUGCCAUAAACUUUUUUUUUUAUUUUUAUUUUAAAAUUUUUUAUUUUUGCAGUGCAGAAGUUUGGUACAGACAGGCUCAAGGUACCCCAAAGGCAUUCCUCGAGUUUUGUUACAGAUUUCACAAGUGGGGUAAAGAUAAGUAGUGCACAGUUUUAAAUGUAUUAUAACAGGUGUAGGCGAAAACAUUAUGCUUUUGUUGGUAUAUAUUGUGUUGAGGUGACUAAUUGUUUCUGUGUCCGACAUGCUUUGCCAACCCUGCGCCGUAAAGAGCGGAGUAGUGGAGGUGUUUUGAGUGAGCCCAUAGUGUGUAGCUUGCUAUCUUAUGAGUUGCCUGAUUACGUUCUACAGGUGUAGUAUUAGUACUCAUGUUUAAAGGGUUGACGUGAAGUGCACGUCUAUUGCCUAGUGUUUGUAAGGAAGAGACGUGUGGUGUCCACUUUUUGAGUAGGUAUAUGUGAAGGCUGGUCUUUGUGCUCUAACAGGCUAGGUAGUCCCCCCACGUUAGGUGCAUGUAUAAAGUAAGUUACUCAGACAAGUUUAGCAAACAUAGUAUACUGAAUAGGUGCAUAUUGAGUUACUCCGGUAUACCAGGAGAAACAGAUAAUGCCAAGAGUGGAGAAGACAUUCACAUAUUGGGCUAUACUGGCGAUCUAAACUAACGCAUCCUGUUAAAUAAUAAUAAGUAAAGGUAUUAGGCUGCCCUAGUGGGCCAGUGAAACAUGUCCAGCUAGUACCAGCUACAUAAUAGAUUACCCCGGCAAGCCAGUCAUCGACAGUGUCCAAGUCCUGUUGGGUGCCUCCUGUAAUGUAUCGGUGCAGGAAGGAUUUGGCAGUAGCCUGCAGCAUCCCGCUUCUGUGCGCUCCGUGCCGGCCCUCAGCCCACUCCAUUCCGAGGCUGAGCUGUAGAUUCUUUCGCUGUAGGGGAGACAACCGGAGAGGAGGCGACAGAGCGGUGGUGCAGGGUGGACUCUCGCUGUGCUGGAGCCUUCCAUGCGUCGAGAGGGGCCCCUUGCUGGCUGGCUGUCGGUAUGUAGCGUGGUGUCUUCAUUGAUGGUCGGGGUGUUGUGUGUCGCAGCACUUUGUGUGGGUGAUCGGUGUGUCAGAGGCACAUGCUUCAAUGCCCUGUUUUGCCGUGGGUUAUUCCGUGCUGUGGUUGCUGGUUUGCCGCGUCCCCGCUUUUCCCGUCUGUUGCAGGCCUGCUCCUAUGUCGCAGCCAUAUUCCAGUGCUGUGACCUUUGGGGUAAACGUUGUACUGGGAUAUCUUGACGGGUGUUUACCGGUGGUCGUUGUGGGACUUUGGUUUGCUCGCGCCCGGUUGCUUUGUUGUAUUUUGUGGGUACUUGGGGGCUGCAGUUUAUCUUGCAAGUUUCGAUGCACGUGGCGUCCGCCAUCUUAGGUGGGGUGCCCAGGCCGCAGAUCAAGCUGGUAGUACUGCUGGGCCCCAGUUGCAUUGCCGCUCUCAGGGUCACAGGGUGGGGACCGGGAUCACCCCCACCGGUCCGGGGGGGGGGGCAGAGCCAGGUUCUCGCCGGUCCGGACCUCUGGCCAGGCACUGUCAGGCAGGAUAGCAGGACAGCGGCCGUCUGCCCUACUCACCGCCAAAGAAGGCCCCAUCUGGAGCGACAAUUUCUCCCCCAGGGGACUGCAACUCGGGGAGUCAGCCUCUCCCUGGGUCCAGUGGUCCCAGCACACUGAGGACCAGUGCUGUCGGUCUGCCAGCUCAGAAUAUAUCAUGCUUUAAGGGCUUAUAGGGUGGAAAUUUGCAGGAGCUGAAGUUGCUUGCGACCAUCCUGCUCGGCGGUCCGGCCCCGCCCCCGCCAUAAACUUUUGUGGGUUUUUUUUUUUUUUUUUCAAUAAAAUCCUUAAUUAAAAAAAUGGAUUUUCCAAAGGGGGAUUAAAAAACCUGAAGAAAGACAGGGAGGUGAGACAAUAAAAAAAUGAGGUGAGACAAUAAAGUGGAUUGAAUGGGGAGAGAAGACUGGUUGAUGGCUCUUCAAGCCUGAUGUUUAUAUAUUGACUUGUUAAAAGUUAAAAUGCCAGUCUUUCUGAAUUGAUAUGGUUCUGAUUUUUGAAAAAUUUCAGUUCUGAUGAAUUUUGGUUUAAAUUGUUUGUUUAAUAUUGAAAUUUCAGUAUGAAUAAAAAAAAAAAGUGGACCUGAAAAUUGCCAGGGAUGUCCUAAAAUGAAGGGAAAAGGGCGCCUAUAGUGUCCCUUUGAAAAAACAAAAUAGCAGCAACUCUUCAACUGUAAACUGGUGAUCAAAGUUGGUGCUUAGUAGCAGUGCCUACUAGACUUGGGUACGGCUUAACAUUUUCAGUUUAGAUUUUAAGGUCUUCGAAAUGUUUUCGUUAUGAAGAAUUUUGGACACAGUUGGAUUCAGAAUUCUGAGAUAGAAAAUUCUGCCAAACUUUGAUUCUGAUCAAUCCAAAUUUACAAGUCUAAUUAAAACUAGCGGACUUAAUCAAUUAAUGCACCAUAUCUUUGUCUUUAUAUGCUAAACCACUCACUCUCACUUUAUAUGUCACCUGCUUGUCCAAACGUCCUGACAGUUUAAGGAUUAUGUAAGUAAAACCAUGUGGCUUUAACUGAAGAAUUCCUAGUUGUCAUGAUCUCACCGUAACGGGUGGAUCAUCACUAGACAUGGAUAACUGCUACUGUCAAAACCAAUGGCCAACACUUGUCUGCUUUCUCCCAUCUGAGCAGCUGUGACCGUGUUAAUGUGCUAUUUAAAGCUACAGACACUGUCCACAGCCAUGUACAGCUAUUUGUGGAUUACGAUUCUGCAAACUUGAGCUUUUUAGACACCAGAGGGCUAUUUAUCAUCAAGGCUACAAGUUUAUAAGGGGGAUUCCUUCGUCUGUGCUAUUCCGAGUUUGUUGUUGCCACUAAAGUAAUUCCUUUCACUCCAGCGAGGCCUGUGUUUUUUUUUCUUUGAUACAACUUUGCCUUUUAAUAAGGUUGUAUGAAAGCAUACGUUUAAUUUUUUUGUUAAAGAGAGAGAACACAGAUUGAAUAUUGUGGUUUGCUGAAUUACGGUAGUAAGAGCCAGUAGGAUACUUGGAUGUGUAGGAAAAGACAUCAGCAGUAGAUAAAAUGUACUUAUGGCUCUAUUGACCACUUGUGAAAUCUCCCUUGGGAUACUGUGUCCAAGUCUGGAGACAAUAGCUUUAAAGGGGAAUUAAUAAUUUAGUGAGCAUUCAAAGAAGAGUCAGUAAUACGGUGCAAGGUUUUACUUACAAAAGCGACCGGGAAAGCCUUCAUCACCUUAGCAUGUCUUCUAUGGAGACAUGCCAAGAUCGUUAAAACACAUUAAGGCUUUAUAUGCAUUUGAAGAAAUUAAAGGGACACUCCAUGCACAAUGGCAACUUCAUCGCAGGGAACUUAUUAUGGUGCUAGGAAGUCCUGCCACUGUCUUAUCGUAAGGAGUUAAAUUCAUAAAGGGACACUAUAGACACCCAGACCAUCUCUCAAUCUAAUUGAAGUGGUCUGGGUGCAGUGUUCCUGUCCCGUUAAUCCUUAAAUGUGAAACUGCCACUAAAUGCGCUUCCUGGAGAUUCACAAAGUUUGACUCUGUGAAACGACGCUGGAGGUCCUCACGCUUUGCACUAUGACAUCCAGCGUGUUGAAAUCCCACAUAGGAGAAGACUGAACCAAUGGGUUCCUAUGGAAAAUGCCUAAUGGCAUGCAGCAGUCGACAAGUAUGCACAGUUGGUUCCCUCCAUUACCAACAUCAGACGAGGCGGAGACAGAAGCAGCGCAGAGGGACUUCAGCACUGCCAAGAAAUAAAUGUUUAAAGGGCUACCAGGGUUAACUUUACCAACAUGGGGGGAGAAGAGAGGCGGACAGGCAUUAGAAAUAAACUUUUGUUUUCAGUAUGCUAUAAUGUUUCGGGUAACUCAGUGGUUCUUUAAGCAUUUUCACCAGAAAGAGAAAUCGCUGCAUUUGUAAAGGAAACUAUUUAAUCAAAGACUGACAGUUCCUGAAAAUUCAAACAAUGGGGAGUAACCCUGUAGAAUAAGCAAUUCUGUAUUAUAAAAGUUUUAAAAGCGGUGCCAUCUGCGUGAUUUUCCUAUUGGUUUCCAUGGUGAUUGCUUUAUGGUACGACCUUUGUCUUAUUGUGUCAAUUCCACUCCUAAAGUGGCUCUGCUCAUGGGUAUAGCAGGUGAGACAGACCGUAUUCAAGCAUUUAAACUCAGAAAUAGGGUUGAAGAAGUGCUUGCAUGGCCUGAUUGUAUACAAGUAAUCUAUUUUAUUAAAGGAUUACUAUAGUGUCAGGAAAACAAAGCGGUUUUCCUGACACUAUAGUGCCCUCAGGGUCCCCCUCCCCUUCAGCAGCUUACCUUAUUCCAGCGCCGGGCUCCCUCGGCGCAGGUGACCUCUCCUCCCACUCCGACGUCAGUUCACCCGUCCAACGUCACAGGAGCCGGAUGCGCGGCAAGUGCCGCGCGCAUUCAAAAUGUUCAUAGGAAAGCAUUUCUCAUAAUAUGCCUCCAGCGUCGCAGAUGCGCCUCUAGUGGCUGUCCAGAAGACAGCCACUAGAGGCUGACUUAACCCCAAAUGUAAACAUAGCAGUUUCUCUGAAACUGCUAUGUUUGCAUCUGAAGGGUUAAAACCCGAGGGACCUGGCACCCAGACCACUUCAUUGAGCUAAAGUGAUCUGAGUGACUAUAGUGUCCCUUUAAAGAUAGAAAAUGCGCUCCCAUUGGAAAGCAGUGACACAUCAAAGUACAGCAACAGCCAGUAUAGUCCCAUUGCCACUCCCAGCACUCUUAGCCAGUCAUUGCUCUCUAAAGCUGGAGAUGUAAUUUGAAAGUCCACUUUUGUAGAACCCUAGGAGAGGGGACAAGCCUUAGACAGGCGUCCGAGCUCUCCCUUUAGCUAACCGCUCAAAAACAGCUUGACACAAAGUGGGAAGACCCAGGACAAUAUUUACUCCAUAAUGACUAGUACGAACUGUUGUGAUUAUGGUACUUAAAUUGCUCUUUAAAUUAAGCCUUAUUCUGAAAACCAAGGGAAAUUCAGUGUAACAUUUUAUUAAGGGGAGGGAGAUGGACCAAGCAAAUUCUUACCUGCCAUGACCAUCUGUUUUUAUUUUAUAAAGCGACAGAAUAUUCUGCCGCUACCUACAUUGGGUAUAUGAUACAUGUAAGGAAUUUUACUAAGAAACAUUUUGCAUAUAGGAACAAGUGUUAAUUGGCUCCUCUCAAGCCAGCUCUUCAAGUAUACAGUCACUCACAGAAUAGCCAUAGGCAUGCGUCAUGCCGUAUUGAGAAACGCAUAUGGCGUCAGCUGUCACAGUGAUGGGUGUUGUUAAUAGGAAGCGUUCUAAGAAAAAGAAAAUCAUUCUUCAACAUGCCUCCAGUUUUCCAUAGAAACACUGUUUAUACAUUAGACUUAAAGGAUCACUAUAGGGUCAGGAACACAAACAUGUAUUCCUGAUCCUAUAGUGUUAACACCACCAUCUAGCCCCCCUGGGCCCCUCAUGCCUCCAUAAAUAUAGUAAAAAUCUUACUGUAUUCAAGCCUGAAGCUGUAAAUCUGCAUGCUGUUAGACUCAGAAAAACAAGCAGUCUGCUGACAUGUGGUAGCCUGAUCCAAUCACAGUGCUUCCCCAUAGGAUUGGCUGAGACUGACAAGGAGGCAGAUCAGGGGCAGAGCCAGCAUGAUUCAAACACAGCCCUGGCCAAUCAGCAUCUCCUCAUAGAGAUGAAUUGAAUCAAUGAAGCUCUAUGAGGAAAGUUCAGUGUCUGCAUGCAGAGGGAGGAGUUACUGAAUCACAGGAUGCUGUGCACAGUGCUGCCCUGUGCUCAGCUUACAGCAGAUCCGAGUGAAUGGAGGCUUCAACUCCGAAGUCCCUCUGGUUCACUCUGAAUGACUGCAACUGGAGGUGUUCCUAGGUUUCAAUGUAAACACUGUAUUUUCUCAGAAAAUACAGUGUUUACAUGAGAAAGGCUGCAGGGCUGUAGUUCUCACCUGAACAACCUCAUUAACCCCUUCAGGACGGGUGACGGACGAGGUCCGUCACACAGGGGAGACCCUUAACGACGGGUGACGGACCUCGUCCGUCACGCGGUAAAAUUAACCCCGGAUCGCCGCUAUCGCGGCGAUCGCGGGGUUAAUGGUGCUCCCGGUAUGCCUCUGCAUUGGAGGCAUACCGGGAGCACCCGGUCAAGCUGCCCAGCACAUGUGCUCGCUCUGACCACAAGUCGGAGCGAGCACAUGUGCUCUGAAUACUUACCUACCGGCUCCCUGCACUUCCGGGUUCUGUGUGAAGUGCAGGGAGCCGGAUCAGUGCUGAUCCUGCCCCCUGCUGUUUAAAAAAAUAAAGUUUAUUUAAAGUGUCCCCCCCCUUACCCAUUUUAAUAAAAAAUUAACCCCUUCCCUGCCAAUUGUUCACUGACUACAGUGAUCAAUUGGCAGGGAUUACAUUUUACUAUGAUCUGAUUUUUUUUUUUAACCCCUGAGGGUUAAUUCUUUUUUUUUUAACCCUCAGGGGUUAAAUUAAUUAAAUUAAUUAAUUAAAUUAUUUUUAAAUUAUAUAUUUAGAUAGCUGGGGUAGGUGGAAGUUAGUGGGGAAUUGGGGGAUUUGGCGUUAGGCUAACUAGGGGUUAACGUUAAAAAAAAGUUUUAAAAGAAACUUUAAAAAGUUAAAAAUUAAGCUUAAAAAAAUGUUUUAAUAACAUUUAAGUAAUAAAAACAAAAAAACACACUUUACCUAGUCCAAAUAAAAAUUAACCCCUUCCCUGCCAGUCGAUCACUGCCUACAGCGAUCAAAUAGAGAUCACAGUAUUAUACUGUGAUCUAAUUUUUUUUAACCCCUGAGGAUUAACUUUUAUUUAUUUUUUUUAACCCUCAGGGGUUCAAUUUAUUUAAUUAAUUAAUUUAAAUAUUUUAUAACUAUAUAUUUUGCUAGCUGGGGUGGGUGGGAGUUAUGGGAAAAUGGGGAAUUUACUGUUAGUGCUGCGUACUGCUAGUUAGGGGUUAACAGUAAAAAAAAAUAGCUUAGAAAAAUGUUAAAUCUGUAAAAAAGUUUUAAGAAAGUUUAGGAAAGUUUAAAAAAAUUUAUAAGCAAAACAAAAGUUUAAAAACUAGUUUUUAAAAGUAAAAAAGUUAUAAAAAGUAAAAAAAUACAUUUUAAAAACGCUCAUUACCACUACACCUGGAACAAACUAGAGAAAAAAUUAUCCCACGCCAAGGUUCAAAAUAUGCCUUUUGAAUUACCCCAGGGUGUAUUCUUUAAUAAAUAGUAUGUGUUUGUGGGGAAGUUUCAAUAACCAACCGUCUAAACUAUUCCAAAUUGGAACAUGGACACAGCGUAAAACUUCAAAGUUAGAAAAAAACUGAAUGGCUGCGUCUCAAAUGCGCCCCUUCAACAUCCACAUAUACCUGGCAAAGGUACAUACGGGGGUAUUGCUGUACUCAGCCGACAUAGCUGAGCAACAUAUGAAGUAUUAUACAGUCAUAGUACACAUAAGGUUUGCAAAAUAUGCUGCGCAAACUCACUUUGUAUGUCAAAAAGGCAGAAAAAUGCUUAUUACCACUACACUUGGUACAAGCUAGCGGAAAAAUGAUCCCACGCUGAGGUUCAAAAUAUGCCUUUUUGAAAUACCCUGGGAUGUCUUCUUUAAGAAAUGGUAUGGCUUUAUGGGGAAUUUGGAUUAUAUAGCCUGGUAAAAUACUCUAAAAUGGGACAUAGGCACAGCAUAAAAAUUCAAAGUUUGAAAAAAACUGGAAUGGCUGUGUCCCAAAUGUGCCCCUCCGAUGUCCACACAUACCUGGCAAAGGUACAUACGGGGGUAUUGCUGUACUCAGCCGACAUAGCUGAGCAACAUAUGAAGUAUUAUACAGUCGUAGCACACAUAAGGUUUGCAAAAUAUACUGUGCAAACUCACUUUGUAUGUCAAAAAGGCAGAAAAAACGCUUAUUACCACUACAUCUGGUACAAGCUAGCGGAAAAAUGAUCCCACGCUAAGGUUCAAACUAUACCUUUUGAAACACCCUGGGGUGUCUACUUUAAGAAAUGGUAGGCCUUUGUGGGGUAGAUUGAAUUUAAAACCUGCGAAGAUGCUUGGAAAUUGCACAUAGGCCCAGCGUCAAAAUUCAAAGUUUGGUAAAAACGGAUAUGGCUUGGUCUCCUAUAUGGCACUGUAGCUUCACAAAAUAGUGACAAAGACAUUCAUUGGGGGUGUAUUUUUACUCAAAAGACUUAGCUGAGCAUAAUUUGGGAGGUUUGAACUUAGUGGCACAUAUGAAAUAUACAAAACGCCCAGCAAAAAUGCAAUCCGUAUGUAAAAAAUGCACAAAAUAAUUUUUUACCACAUACUUUGGCAUAUAUUGGUGAAAAAAUGGGGGUAUGUUAAGGCACAAUAUGCACCUUAUGAGAUACCCUGGAGUGUCUACUUUUACAAAUGGUAGGCCUUUGUGGGGGUUUUUGAACAGUCAAACUGUUAUAAUACCCCAAAUGGAAGCUAAGGCUCAUUAAAUCCAUCUCUCAAAAUUCUACUGUGAAUACUGUAAAGGACAGGUCUCCUAUAUGGCACUGUAGCUUCACGAAAUAGUGCCAAAGACAUUCAUAUGGGGUGUCAUUUUACUCAGAAGACUUAGCUGAGCAUAAUUUGGGGGUUUGAACUUAGUGGCACAUAUGAAAUAUACAAAACGCCCAGCAAAAAUGCAAUCCGUAUGUAAAAAAUGCACAAAAAUUUUUUUUACCACAUACUUUGGCAUAUAUUGGUGAAAAAAUGGGGGCAUGUUAAGGCACAAUAUGCACCUUAUAAGAUACCCUGGAGUGUCUACUUUUACAAAUGGUAGGCCUUUGUGGGGGUUUUUUGAACAGUCAAACUGUUAUAAUACCCCAAAUGGAAGCUAAGGCUCAUUAAAUUCAUCUCUCAAAAUUCUACUGUGAAUACUGAAAAGGACAGGUAUCCUGUAUGGCACUGUAACUUCACGAAAUAGUGCAAAAGACAUACAAUGGGGGUGUCAUUUUACUCAGCAGAUGUAACUGAACACAAAAUAAAACUUUGUACAGGAAUAGCACACACCAACUUUACAAAAUAUACACGAGAAUUUCUCUGUUAUAAGUUUGUGUGCCAAAAACCAAAAAGAACACAAUUUUACUCCAAUAUUUAGCAGAGGUUGGCGGUAAUAUGGCUACGUAGAAAGUGUCAAAACAACCUUAGGUAAAUAGCCCGUGAUGUCUACUUUAUAUAAAUAUAUACUUUUGUGUGGCAAUUUUGUUUUCUUUUAUGGCUAUUAAGCUUACAAGACAAACAUACCAAAUUCUAAAAUCGCUCCACAUUAAAAUUUUAUUUUACUCCUUGUGCUUUGUGACCUGUAACUACCAAAAAAACUUAAAAUCCCAGACACAUUAUAUAUUCUGUAAAUCAGAACAAAUAAAUAAAUUUAUUUUUAAUUACUUUCCUUAACCUGCACUAAUUAUGCACACAUUAUUAUUGCAAAAACUGUAAAAAAAAACAAUAUUUUUCAUUUUUUUUGCAUUUUUCUGUAUUUUUUUUAUAAUAAGUAAGCAUUUAUAUAUAUAUAUGUUAUAUCAAAUUAAAGCCCUUUCUGUCCUUUAAAAAACAGUAUAUAAUAUGUGUCGGUGCAAUAAAUGAGAGAGAUGCAAAUUGCAGUUGAACGCAAACAGCAAGAAAAUGCAAAAAUUGCUUGUGUCAUUAAGCGUAAGUCAAGCUUCUGAAGCUGUGUCCUUAAGGGGUUAAGCUGAAGUUGUUUAGGUGACUAUAGUGUCCCUUUAAAGAAUGUUCAUAUUUCUGUUGGUAAAACAGCUGGUGACUACUGUAAGUUUGACCUGUAUUAUAAAUGACCAGGUGUUGAUAUCCACUGCAUAGAACUGCAGACUGGUCUGUGAAAUACAGCAGGACAUUGCAUAUCCCUGGAGAGGUUCUAUAGGUGAGAGGUAGGUGUGCAAACUGUCUACAGAUGCAGAGCAGAGAGAGUGAAACGUCUUGUAUUUCAAGGGAAAUAUAGUUCCUAAAUAUCUUGAGCUCCAGUAUUAGCCUUCACUGUUUUACUUGGUGAUAUUUUAGGAAAUUCGCUGUAUUCCUGCCAAACUGUGAUUCAUCGCGUCGCUGGGAACAUGGUAAACUGAAAACCGGUUCUAUAUUCAGAGCACUGCGUGUCUCUGACAUGGAAAGAGUUAAAUAAGCCUUAAAUGGCUCCGUUAUCCCACCAGCCUCCCUUCGGUAAGGGAGGCAGGUUUUCUGUCUUAUUUACCCAUACUGUAGCUUUGUUAAAUGGACCAAAACCUGAUGUGAUGUUUUUGUAGAAUUUAAAAGUAUUUAACAGGCUGGCAACAUUCUUUGCUACUGUCAGAAUAGACCAGGGGUAGGCAACCUUUUAGCAGCACUGUGCCGAAAUAAGAUUAUGGCCCAUAGCAUGCCGGUCCUAUUUUUUUAAAUUGAGGUGUGUAUGUUGCCGUAUUGUGCUUGUUAUUUAUACUGCAGUUGCUUUGUAUCAUUGUAUUUGUGCAUGUAUGAGCUAUUAUAUUGUAUAUGUUGAUGAGUAGUUUGUGGCAUUGUGUAAAUAAACCUAUGAAUGUGGGCUGUGCAUGGGGGCUGCUUGUAGAAUUGUGUGGAUGGAUAUGUCACAUUGUAUGUUUGGUAGUGUGUGUAUGUGAGGGGCUGUUUGGGGUAUUGCAUGUGAGAGGCUGCAUGUGGGGUUGUGUGCAUGCAUGUUGAUUGUCAGUGGUGUUGAGUUUGUGCGAAUUGCGUUUUGUGUUUGUGUAUGGGCUGUUCGUAUUAUUAUUUGUAUGAGGGGAGGGUUAUUCUGCAUAUCUGUGUAUAUCUAACAGUGCGGGUGGCUUCCCUGUGUUCCAGUGGAGACCAGGCUGGCCAGGUACAGCUCAAGGACAGGAGCUGCAACAACAGCUGUGGGGUGCUCUAUUACAAUGUGGAUUCUCAUUCACAAGUGCUGGUUGGAAGUGAUCUGAGAUCCCCUCUAUGUGGUGCAAUACAUAAAUUGAGGACUGUCCUUCAACAGCUUUUCGUAUUAGCAGAAAUCUGAAGUUUCACUCGCACUCCUGAUAGGCCAGAGCCUGUUUGGCUCUAGCAGCCUUGAGUGCCGUGCAUGGCACUAGUGCCGUAGGUUGCCUACCCCUGGUGUAGACCCUCGAGCAGCAUCGAAGGCCCUGCAUAUUGAGAUUCAGCAGCUUUUAUAGCCUGGUUGGCGUCAGACUCAUUAUAUGCGUUUUGUGCACUUAAUAUUGUAUGCUGUAAGUUUUACUUCUAUGAUAUAUUCCCCACUGGGUAUAUAAUGUAUCCUGUGUGUUGCACCUCACCUCUUGUAUGGUGUAUGUCUCUCUCUGGCAAACGCAUUGUGUAUGUAUAUAUAAUACCUCUUGAACAUUGUAUGGAUGAAUAAGCUUCCAGAUAUUGUUACAGGAUGUGUGCGAGGCUGGAUGUGUUUUCAAAUGCUAGAUCUCUCAUUGUGAUAUCCUGUUUGUGGCGUGAAGGCCACAGCUUUUGUAGCACUGCAAAGGAAUUCCAGUGAGUUCUUAGUCAUUCAGUAAUUUCUCAAACUCCCAAAGAGCAGGUAGAGAGUUGUCUCAUGUGAAAUCCUGUGCGGUCUUUCUCCCUGAUCUCUCCAAAUAAUGCUCUGUUUGUGUUUUAUCAAUAUUCUAAGCUUCUAUUAGCUCACCCCCUCUAGGUUGUUUAUACAAACUGUGUGCCUUGUCUCAGAGCUGGGGUACUUUUUCCAAAAAACAAACUCCAGGCACUGUUCAUUCGGAUAUUUUUCCUCGUAACAUCUGUGGAUAUAUAUAUGGAUAUUGCAUAUUAGUUUAUUUGGAAAUUUACUUAAAGGGUUAUUUCAAGCAUCGUAACCACAACCGCCCGCUAUACUGGUUAUGAUUCUAUUAGUACCCUGGCCCUGUUUCCCAGUAGUGGGGCAAAGCGUUUUGCAACAGUUUGCCCUUUUCCCUGGUCCUACCGGGCACCUGGUCUUCUUUAAGACUGACUAUGACGUCGGGGGCGGGGCCGGACCGCCAUGCUGAGCGGUCGCACGAUCGUGCAGCUCCUGCAAUCUCUCCCAGUUUUAACACUAAAACUCGACUUUACACUUACCUAACGACUGACAACAGCUACCCAGUGCAAGAAGCCACCCUGGUUACGAGGAGAGGCCUGCUGCAAAGUUCUAGUCCCUCGGAGGGGCGCUCUCCCCGUCACCCACGAUGGGGACCGCUUGGGCGGUGAGCGGGGUGGACGGCCGCUGCCCAGCUAUCCUGCCCACCAGCGGUGAAGACGAAGCAUGAGGCUAGGGGGGUCCGGCCCUGUUUCCCCCCCCCUUUGGACCGGCGGAGGUGAUCCCGGUCCCCACCCUGGGCCUGCCGACAUGCGGAUGAACCAGCACUCCAGGCUGCUACAAAGCUACCCCAAAACGCAGAGUCCGCAACCAAAAUGGCGGAGACCACAUGGCGAGCUACCCAAGCAUGAAGUAAGAAACACGUCCCCACUGUACGCCGCCGGCAAGCCAACAUGGGAAGCAAAGAAACAGGCAGGCACCCUGGGACAAGCUGAACCGUGGUGGAGAAGCAGGAGCCGCUUUGUACCUCCGCAGGCAUCAUCACAAACAGCGGGUGGAGACCGGCGCCUGCAAGCGACCACCCGCACACAGCCAGGCACACUCACGGUGAGAGACGGAGCCUCGGCGACGGAGCCACAUACGCUGACCCUCUCGGACAGCCGCGCAGAAGCGGGAACACGCGACCGACAGCACGCGACCACAAGAUCGCACUGGAAAACAACAUGGCGGCGGGGAGCUGUCUCCUGCCCGAGGCAGGCGCUGGAUUGCACCGCAGGCACACCACAGGGGGACUAGCACACUGACACUCGGCUGGACUGCAACUGACACGGCGGUUCCCGGGUUCCUGUGCCUUUGUACUGCAUGGACGGGUCUCAAGCCACACAGCCAAGGACUUUCAUCUUGCUGAAGUGGGCCUGGGGGGGUAAAAAUAAAUUAAACACUCACGCAUUUUUGAUGGUUUAAUCCGUGCAUAUGUAACCCAUUGACAUGCUCACUAUGUUGCAUAAAUUUACCUACUUUAAAAUUUACUCUGUUGUCUAGACAGCUAAUCCUCUAAUAUUUAAAAAUGUGACACGCCAGAAUAGCCUGUAACUCUAGCACAGCCUAUUCACUACUAUGUGCCUAGCUUGUUGCCUGUAUCCUAGUAUAGGCCUAUGCAGAACCAGUAAGAAUGCCACAUAGAAUGAUAUUCCAGAAUGCAUACCUUACUAAGCAAAGUGCCCUACUAGACUCAGGGAAUGAAAAGCGUCUACUAUACUCAUGUUAAAUUGUAUGUACUGUUGAUUUCUACAACUAUGUACCGUCUGGUAGAGCUGCAUUUGGAUGCCCUUCUGGAUUAAUUUGUCAAGCAACCUCUAUGUCUUAAAUUGUUUUAGAUUACUGUCACGGCAAUAUUACUACAAUCUGAUGUGCAAUUAGUUGAAGUUAAACGCAAUUUUAACCAAGCAUGUUAUACCAUAAAGUGACACCUAUUAGCUUGUUAUCUUUACGUAACAAAAAAAAAAAAAAAAAGUGCAUGGUCUAUCUACCCCCCGCUGUAACUAAUGCCUAGAUAUUAACAUAUGGAAUGCCGUUGGGGUACCAUAUGUAUGCCUGUAACCACUAUACGCACUGCAAAAAUAAAGAAUUAAAAAAAAAAAAAAAAAAAGACUGACUAUGACGUGCAUCUGUCUACAGAGCCCGAUAUCAAUCUUCCAUCCAUUCGUUGGCUGAGAGCAUCAGCUGACCCCUCUCAGCCAAUGAUUGCAAUUCUCUGCAUAGGAAUAUGCACAGAAUUGACAUUUGUCAGCCUGUAACUCUAGUUCCGAUGACACCCCAGUGACACUGCCGGAAGUGGAGUUACACCUCCAGCAGUAGAGGCGUUAAUCUCUGUAUGUGCAGUGUUUCGAAGAGGCACCAUAACCCCUUCAAAUCUCUGAAGUGGUAAUGGUGCUUGGAGUAGCCCUUUAAAUCUAAGGGUAAGAUUUUGUUUUGAUGUUGGAUAGAGAUUUCCAGCCAUAGACACUAGAGCCUUCAACUGAUGAGCCUCAGAGAGUCAAACAUUAACACAGCAAGAUAUUAGUCAUUCUAACUUCUAAUCUUUGUAUUGUUCGCCAAAAACACUUAACAAGCUGUUGCAUGCCUUUAAAACACAUGAGGAUCAGCUAGCAAAAUAAUAUUUCCAUGUUGUUCCUUGUUAUACAUAAGAACUUUGUGUUUUUUGUAAUCUUUGAUUAUGGUAUGUGGCUUGGAUAUUUCUUUCUAAUGAGGUCUCAAACCCUAAUUACUAUCAAGAUAUGUUUUUGUUUUUUUUGUAAAUCUGUUUUUAUUGAAGAUUUUGACAGUAGAAACAUAUAACAGUAGGGUAUAGCAGGUGGGACAUGCAGGUCACCGACAUAUCAAGAUCAUGAGCAUUACGUUUGUGUGACAUGGGUUCUCGUGAGGUUCUCAUGGGUAGCUUGUGUGUCUCUCUAAUUGUUUUAGCCUGAGGCCUCUGCAUGUAGAUUUCCACGUGACCUCUUUCCACUUCUGUAGGUGUUAUGCAGUUUGUCACCUUUUCACUGGACUGAUUUCAUGCAUUUGCCUAUAUUUCGGGCCUAAGGCCUCUCCCAUGUAUAUUUGGUGCUGCGUCAACCCCGGUAAGACGGGUCCUAUUCUGUCUUGUUGGUUGUGUUCGACCGUUGACUCUAGUUCGGGUAUGGUUGUUGUCUUCAUUUUAGGUAAGGUGAGGUGAAGUGUUGUGUGAGUGGUGUUGUGUGUGAUUAGUAGUGUUGUGGCUGUGUUUAUGACAUUGACCUUUCCGUGUUCCGUGUGUUAUGAAGAUAUGUUAAUAUUAAGAAGGCAAACAGGAACUUCUAUUAUUCUGGAAAAAAAUUUGUUCCUUAUUAAAUGAAUGUGCCCAAAGACAAGCAUCUAUCUCAAAAUAUCCAUUUAUAGGAAAAACGGUUAAUCCUGAAGAUUUUAGAUUUUACUUUUCGAACUUUAACCUGUGAAUUGGGAAGUCCUCCUAGAGAUACCGGCGUGCUUGUAAGGUGUUACACAUCUUAGAUUAUAGCAGAAUUUUGGAAUCUCUUUUUGCCUUUUUUUGGUACAGAAGAAGAGGUGCCUCAGGUUCUCUCCUCUGCACCAGAAGAUCAGUAAAGAUAGAGUGGGCUAACACACAGCUAUUAAGAGCUUUACUUUGGAAUAUUCCAACUUGGAUGCAUUACAGAGAGUACCGUCAACAGUCAGUGGUGCACGCAGUUCUUUUUAUUUAGGACUUAUGGUCAGUCUGAGAAAACCUAAUCUUCCCACAGAGAGUAACUAGAAUCCCUGGUCCAAUGAAUACAGGUUUUGGCAAGAGCAAAUUUGGAAAGCCUGGGAAAAAUUCCUUACACAAAAUCCAGCGCACUCACUUAUCCACUAAACAGCAACUUCAAUGUGGACAGAUUUUAUUAGUUAGUUUUUAAAAACACAUUAUAAAAUCUGUCAACAUUAAAGUUGCUGUUUAGUGGAUAAGUGAGUGCGCUGGAUCUUGUCUAUUGUAUAAAUUGGCCCCCAGCAGCACCCCAUUUAUGCAAGUCCAGGCGAGUGCAGCCCCCUGGUUUCAUGGAAAAAUUUCCUUGUGAUGUAUCAUGGCAGACUGCUAAAGCAGACGUUCUAUCCAGCUAGGAGUUUGGAUACACAACUAGUCAUCCCGAAGACCUGAAGUACCCCACUAUUUUCUCCUCAAUAAAGAGAUGCCGAUAUUGUGAUGGCCUCUCAGUCUCACUGCCUAUUCUAUAUGGUUUGUACAUUAAUUGUUUAGGUGCCUUUUAGAAGGAAGAUCUGGAGUGCUUAAGGUUUGCCAAUAAUCACCCCGCUGUCUAUUGCACUCAUCAUCUUUGACUUUUUCAAACUGAUUGCCUAGCACAGGAGUCUAUCUGGGAAGACAACCUGACAGGCUUAUUUACUAAAGUGAGUGAAAUUGUAGAGAAUUCUACGUGAAUUUCACAUUUUUAAGGUCAAAGUAGCGAAACUGUAAAAACUCUCAAAGUCACCUUUUCUUGCAGUUCGGCUACUUUUCAUAGUUACAUAGCUGAAAAAAGACCUGGAUCCAUCAAGUUCAGCCUUCAUCACAUUUGUUUUUUGCUGUUGAUCCAAAAGAAGGGCAAAAAAAAAAAAACCCAGUUUGAAGCACCUCCAGUUUUGCAAAAAAUUCCUUCUAGACCCCAGAAUGGCAGUCAGAUUUAUCCUUGGAUCAAGAAGCUAUUACCCUACAUUGAAAAAUUAUAUAAUUGAAUAUUAUGUUUUUGCAAGUAUGCAUCUAGUAGCUGUUUGAACAUCUGUAUGGACUCUGAUAAAACAACUUCUUCAGGCAGAGAAUUCCAUAUCCUUAUUGUUCUUACUGUAAAAAAACAUUUUCUUUGCCUUAGACAAAAUCCUCUUUCUUCCAGUCUAAAUGCAUGACCUCGUGUCCUAUGUAAAAUCCAGUUUGUGAAUAGAUUUCCACACAAUGGUUUGAAUUGGCCCCGGAUAUAUUUGUAUAAUGUUAUCAUAUCCCCUCUCAGGCGAUGUUUUUCUAAACCAAAGAAAAACCUGAUUCCUGACUAAUCUCUCUUUAGUACUGCCACUGUUAAAUAAGGCAGCAUCCUUCGGACAUGUGUCCUAAAUCAUCUAGAGAAAGGUUUCUGUUUUUGUAAGGCUCUUCACAUUAUGCCUGUAGAAUAUUCUACAAUACAAGUUCUGUGUUUCCCUCAAGCCAGUUUAUGAGCCUGGCCAUAAUCAGCUACUCUUUGAGUUUGGAUUUCAGCAUUUAGUAUUCAGUGGAAUUAGGCCUUAUCUUAUCUAGAUCUGAUUAAAUGAGUCAUAAAGUGGACAAGAUUCCUCCCAAGUGUAGUGUUUGAGUUUCACAAAUGGAUUUGAACUUGGGUUUUAUAACCAGUAAUGAUAGCGCCACUUGAACUUUGGAUGAUGGGCCAAUGUAUAUAUAUCUUCGACCACAGCAUUUUUAUAUUUUUUGUGGCUAUCACUUAAACACAACCUGUUGGAGAUCCAGGUUCCAUACAUCAAUUCUGUCAAAAUUCUAAGAAUGAUGAAGAAAAAAGGUCUACACGUCACAUCAAGAGAUUUAACUGUAAACGGUGUCUUGUGUCCAUCAUAGCAGACUUUUGAACUUCUGAGGUAGUAAGGAAAGGAUGACCCUAUCCAGGUGAACUGUUUCUUGAUUUGUCAUGUAUGCUAUGAAUAUUGCUUGCUGGCAAACUGGAUGAGGCACAUUCCUGCAGAAUUUGCAGCAUCUCAGGCCAAGAGGAUAGAACAUUGACCUGGCCACCUUGAGGAGUAGGAAUGUGGACCUACUGUCAGCCUGUAACUCAAGUUCCGAUGACACCCCAAUGACACUGCCGGAAGUGGAGUUACACAUCCACAGAUGCAUUUUGGUGCUUAAAUGCCCUGUGUUCUCAAAUCUCACCUCCAUGUCAGUUGCAAUUCCUGCCUAUUCUCGUCAUCUUAUUCUUCUACCCCAUUACCACAUUUUGCUGUUAUUCUCACUUUUCCGGGCUAUUUAAUCCAUUUUCUUCUCCACCGCUGCCCUUGACCUUUUUAACAAUUAUUCUCCCCAUCCCUUUACAGCAUUUUCUCAACAUCUGUCUAAAAUUUCAAUAUACCUCAAGAUUUCCUCACCAACCCGUCAAAUCCUCUUACUCUCCAGCCUUUUUUCGCUCCCUCCUAGCCUUUGCAAUUCAUCUCCAGUCAAAACUAAUGUCUAUACGUUGCUCCCAGCCCAUUUCCCCGUAUCUCUUUCGCCCACAUUGCUUACUAGAUAAGGCAGGCCAGCUAGUGUCGUGGUUAGUGUAUAAACAGGCUAUCACAUUUACAGUGUCAUUUAUUAACAACACUCCACAAACCUUUCACAUACAAGUCAUAACAGGGCCUUAUUUAUAACCCUUUUGCAAUGGACUGCCCUGCCUUUGUGCUCUAAUACAAUAAGAGUGUGUCUAUUCUUCUCCUGCAAGUGUCGUGUUAUUGUCACCUUUUUGCAGACAGGGUGUCAGGACAGUGGGACAGGGAUGCAGGUGACGGCACUCUGUAUGUAGUUCUACAGAUGUGACAUGCCAAUUUUACAAGUCAGAUAAUUGCAUGUGAAUGCUGCAGGACAAGUUCUGUAUUAUGGUUUCCUGCUAUUACUCAUAGAAAGCACAUCUUUUAUAUUAGUGUCACUCAUCCUGGAGGACACGGAUCGGUGUGCUGUGCAUAGGAACACAGUUUCUGUACUUUUGGGAAUCCAUUUUCAGUGUUUUUUGUUUGUUUUUUCCAUUUCUUGUUGCAAUUUGUCACUUUACCCCCUUUGUAUAAAUCUGUUUUCUUUUACUUCUGAUCAGUGACUGUCACUCUGAUUAUCUCUCUGACCCUCUCACUGUGUUCUGCCAUCAAUACGUCAUCUUUGUACCUCCUCGCUCUCUCUCUGUCUCUCACUCCCUUCCUAAUCACAGCUGUCUCUCACCUGUCUUCUUUUUCCUCCUUGUUAAUCACACCACAUCUCUCCCCCUUUUUUCCUCCCACUCUUUCUCUCUCUCUCUCUCUCUCUCUCUCUGUGUUUUGAUCACUGCCACCCUCUCUCUAUGCCAUUGCCCUCCAGUUUCUCUGGGCGCCCCUGGAUCUAGCCCAGAGUAAGCAGUGUGAGAUCAGGCUUGGGUGGCACACAUGGGGAGCUCGGCAUCUUCCCUGGCAGCAGAGGGACAGUCAAACCAUGGCUUCGUGGGUACUGCAUACUCUGGGCACAGCCUGCCAGGCUGGCAUGGGACUGUUCCCCCGGGAACUCUAUGGCCAGGCACCAUUCUCCCUUUGUACAGAAUACACAGGUAAGAAAGUUGCUGUGUUCAGGCUUUGCUGCUGUGUCUGUGCUCAGUACCUCUGCAAGUUCUCAUGCAAAUCAAAUAGUUCUGUUUUCCGUUACAUUGUGUCCCUAUUAACCCUGCGCUGGUUUGAUUGAUAUGUGUAGUGUUUUUUUUUAUUUUAUUUUUUACUUUGUUCAAAUUAACCAGUAUGUUUGUAGAUGUUAACACGUUAGCACCCUCAUUUGCUCCAUUUCCUUAACUCAUCUAUACGACGGUGUGUGUUGACACUGCCCUGGUAAUGUGAGGACUAAGGUUGGUGGGAUGUCAUGCUAAAAGGUGUCUGGGAAGAGACUGCUAGCACCCCAUGUAAUAUAUGUUUAUCCUGGAUUGUCCUGGACAUGGUAGUUACUGUGAUAACUCACAGGGCAGCUGUGUGUGUAAAUAGUUGGUUUGUAAACUAUUGACAGUGUGACUGGUCAAGGAGCAAUACAGAUCAUUGUUUUUAGCUAUAGGAAGUCUUUCUCAAUCAAUACUUUAUUUUCUUGUUUUUGUGUGAGAGGAUGCCAUUUAUACUUCCCAUUCCACGACGGAACCACUGCAAUCUACUAUAAUAAUGAAGUUAAGUGAUAGAUCUCCAUGCCCUGACUGUAUUCUGUUUGUUUUUUAAGGUUUUCAGUAGCAAGUGGAAUUAUUUUCUCUUUUUUUGUACUUGGUCCCAGGACCGUAUUCCUGUGUAAAAUACUUUCUAACAGUCUUCCUAUCCCAGCAGUGUCAUUGAUUUUGCCCAGUUUUGCUAAGAUAACGGAAAUUUUGCAAUCCACACUUGUUAUAUAUAUAUAAGUACUGCAAUUUAUAUAGAUAUUCAUUAUAUAUUUCUUUAUAUUAUGAGCCUUCCUGUGGCAAAGAGCUGCUAAUUCAAACUAGAGCUGACAUUGAAAGGGAAGGGCGUAACAGAAUUGUGUGCCAGUUUCAUUGUUUCUCUGGAAUAUUUGCCCCCAGGGGCCAGUGCCUACUGCCUGUUCUGUAGGUAAGCCCACUGCUCCAGAAAUAUGAUUAGACUGCAACUGUAGCAGAGAGAGGAAAAACUACUUGGGAGCGGAGCUACUGGCUGGGGUUUAACCCUCUCUCACUCACCCGUCUCUCACCAGCCUGUAAUCUCCUGAGAUCAGAUCUGCUUACACUGAGCUCUAAAUUUGCUUACGUUAGAAGAAAGUUAUACUAAAGCCCCAAACACACAUUCGACAGGUGCGUUCCUGUCACGGGCCGGCUACAGCUGACACAGCUAUGACAGUAGCGUGGCAGAGACAUCUGUUCCCCUUUAGGAGCACAGGCUAGUAACUGUGCUGGCAUGUUAAAAUGACUUUUGAACACACACAUAAUUAACCUUUUUGGGUGCCAGAGGUCUGCCCAGCGCGUCUUAUGUGUUGAGCCAUCCUCUGCCACCUAAAGGACUCAUUUCCAGGUACUGUGAUUCCUGUGCUCUACUUAAAAAUAUAAAGGAUGCAGAGCACCAUGGCUACUGAAUCAGUACUUUAAAACGGCACUACAGACCACUAAACCACUUUAGCUUUUUGUGUGAAGUGUUUUGGAAAAAGUGCAGAUUUCAAUAGAAAUGUACAUUUUUAUAAAUUAUACUGGUUACACCCCCCUGGCUUUUCAAUCAGACUUCAGUGCUGUUACUUCCUGGUUUGGUUGGUUUAGUGAAGCUAAAUUCAAGAGGCAGCAAUUGCCCAGAGCACCUGCUUUGCAAAGACUUCUCAUUGGGCUGCAUUGGGAAGUAUGUGAUUGGACAGACACAUGAUGUCUAGGUGGGGUUAGAAGGGUUAUAAAGGCUGCAGACAAGAGAUCUGCAGUUUUUGCAAGCUGUUUUUAGAUCAUUCCAAUGAAAAAUGCAUAAUAAAAUGCAUACAAGUUUCCAUUCGUGGUACAUCUACUAACCAGUGAUUUUUAUUUAUUUUGUAUUUGGGCAGUGGAGUGUCCCUUUAAGGCCUCUUUAAUUUGUAUGCCCACGAUGCACAUUGCAGAACGAGGUGAAAUCCGGUCAGACAGAAUAGUAACUAGUAGGUACAAAUAAACAGCACUGCUGAUUCAUUAAAACACAUGCAGACAUUUUGGCAAUAUCAUAUCUCACUAGAAGGCCAAUUAAAAAGUUCUUUGCGGGGGUGGGGUUAAAUUCUUGGGUCGCACCCAAGUCGUGUGAUGCCACAUUUACCAUGUCACUUUGUAAGCACCGCAAACCCGAGCUGCUCCCUUUUUUUUUUUUUUAUCUGGGUGAUAAAUGUUUGCCGAAGUAGAAAUUCUCAUUCCACCCUCAUGGCUGUUCUUUUUAUGUUUACCUACCGUAACUAGGCAGCUAAUGUUCAACUGGCAGUCAGCCUCGAAGGUUUCACAGAGAUCUGUAGACAUUUCCUUAACUCGGUGUUUGGUGUGUGUUUGGGAGUGUGUGUGUAUUGCAUAUUUAUGUCUAUAGAAUAAUACUGGGUGUUAUAUCUCCCCUGUAUUGUUAUGAUUUGUCUAUUUGACACUCCCAAUAUCAUUGUGUGUGUACCCCAUACAUUCAGAAGGCUGGGACGCAAACAAAACUUCAUAUCAGUGGUGCAUUGAAAGAAUUGCAGUAUCUUGAAAUAUUGCUUGUCACUGGACAGAAUUUUGGAAUGACAAACAUUUUGUGAAAUUUUGCAUUUAUCAAAGAACGCAUAAAAUGCGAUACCAAAUGCAAAUUUCUGUUGCCAUGACUAGACUUGAUUUACUGAUCACCACUGGAAGGCAUCAAUUACUAUGCAUUAACCUACUUAUUAUCAUUCUUGGUAUUUGUAUAGCGCUAACCUAUUCCCCAGCGCUUUACAAUAUUCUAAAAGGGGCAAAUUUAACAUUAAAUGAGACAAUUACAAAAUGUUACAGGAACAACAGGUUGAUGAGAACCCUGCUUAAAUGAGCUUACAAUCUACAGGGUUUUGUAGAAUGUGCCCACAUACAUUUGUGUUUAUUCAUUAGACCCCAGUUGUCGUAAAUUGGAAAAUGGAGGCUAAAGUAGCCAAGCAGUUUGGCUGAGUUAGAUUUGCAAUUCAGUUUUCAAUUUGCUACAAUUUAGUGACUAUUCAGUAAACCCCCAAUGUUUAUUCUGAGUCUUUAGAUUGCUGAAGUGCUUUAUGUGUCAGGAGCAGUUAAUAGAAGUGCUGGUUUCGAUUGGAAAUUAUAAAUAAUUGCAGAAACACCUCCAAGGCUGUCACUCCACCAGGUUGGUUAUCUUCCCGAUUUCAUUAGCUCCACAGAGCUAAUGGAAGUGGCGAGUGUGUUCUGUUAGAGUGCGCCUGCCUUCUCUCCCAAGUUACAGCAAGCCUGUGUGUGCCUGUGCAUGCACGUCAAACAGAGCUCCUUUUUCCUUGGAGUCCCUAGCUCUCAGGUUCCGAAAUAUAUUAAAUUGUUACAAAAUCAAUUGGAGUUUAAGAUCCCUAAAACCAGCACAUCUGUGACUGUAGAAUUUGUGAACUUUAAUAAUAAUUUUAGUUGAUAAUGACAAACGUAAUUGUUUUUGUAAUUUGUAAAGAUUUUUUUAUUUUACAUUCCAGUUUCUAUAUCACGUUACUGGAAUUGUUGGGAAGGGGCACGUGUUACUAUUUAUUGGGUGCCAACCUACCCCCCAGUAUUAAAUGGAGGGUGUAUAUUUGGAACCAGUUAUAUAGAAAAAAAAACAUUUGGUGUUACUAUUAUAGCACUGAUGGCUAACUCCCUGCAGAUGUUACAAGUUUCAAAGUGAUGCCCAGGUAACGUAAAACAUAAAAUGUGGUUUAUAUCUGGAGUGUCAAGGUUAGCCCUCCCUGGCCUACACGUGAAGUCCCGCUCUUAUAUUGGGUGAAAGUUAAUUUUAAUCUCCAUUUCUGUCCGUGCUUCUCUUGCUGUCUGCUUUGCUGUCUUCUUGUUAGUUUUGCUCAAACUUGCAGUAUCAUGUCCUCCUCUGCUUCCCUUUAUCUCCCUCCGCUUUCUUUCUCCAGUUUCCUGCUUUUCACUCUUUACCCACUUUCAUCCUUUUUUUCCCCCCCUUAUUCAUUCUAUUAUUCACACCUUAUUUGUUUGUUUUCCAGGCUUCCGGUCCCCAUGGAUGCUGCCUCUUCUAG